AUGGCCAUGGCACUCUUCCAAACCACCUCUCAGCCCUCUCCUCCGCUGGUGUUGCUUUUCACGGUGAAGGAGGAGGUCUCGCUGGACGGCGCGCGGGCGGCAACCGCCGAACUGCUCCCGAACCGAUGGCUGCUAAACCUCGACAGCGAGGAGUACGGGAUCCUCUACAUCGGCAGUGCCGGCGGCGCUACCGACGUGCUCUGGGCCAAGGUUCAUCGAGUUCCCCUCGGCCAAGAUCUCGAAGUGUACGACUUGGCCGUGGAUGGCCUGGCGGGAGGCCACUCAGGUGCCGACAUCCACCUGGGUCGCCAGAAUGCUCUGAAGGUCGCAGCGAAGGCAGCCUCCCUUCUCUUCCAGCGGGAGCCGGCGGGCCAGCUCAUCGACUUCUGGGGCGGGGACAAGGACAAUGCCAUUCCGCGGCGUGCCGUGGCGCGGGUGGGCUUGCCGAGCAAGAAGGUGAGUGGCCUCCAAGAGGCUCUGCGAGAUCACGAGGCGCAGCUUCGCGGAGAUCUCCAAGAGAAAGACCAUGGCCUCAAGCUGUCCUUGAAGGCGCCUGGGGCGCUGGAGUGGCCGCAGGCACUCCAUGAGGCCACCCGGGACUCGCUCCUACGGCUGCUGGAGGCCUUGCCUCACGGUCCUCUGAGGUACUCCUCGGAGGUGCCAGGGCUCGUCGAGACCUCCAACAACGUGGCCAGCGUGAGUAUCGGUGCCAGUGUGGUCAACGUCACCCACUUCGCGCGUUCCGCGGUCGAUGCCGAGCUCGAUGCUUUCCGACGCACGGUGAAGGACCUCGCGGCCGCAACCGGCUUUCAAGCGAGCUACGGAGUGCAACUCCCAGGUUGGGCCCCCAACGCCAAGUCCCGACUCUUGGAGCUGUCGAAGGAGGUGUUUCUGCAGCUGGAAGGCAGGGAAGCCGAGGUGGCUGCCAUCCACGCUGGGCUCGAGUGCGGCGUCUUUGCAGAGAAGCUGCGUGGAAUCGACAUGAUCUCAUUUGGUCCAGAUGUCCAAGUGAACUUCUGCCCGGCCCUGAUGACAUCAAGCGCUGCCCUUGACGACACAGUCCCAGAAGAGCACAGAGCAGCCCCAGAAGAGCAUGAGGCAGUCCGAGAGGAAGGCGAGGCAGUCCCCGAACAGGAGGAGGCAGUCAUGAUCACCCUCAGCCAGGCGUCGGACCUGUCCAGCGAGGGCACGGGCCCAGCAGAACAGCCAGGACUGGCAAAUCUUAUAGGUGUUGUUGUUGGCAUGGAGCUCUACAACGAAAACUUGCUCCGCGCCGUCCCGGCGUGGGUGGCGCUCAGGCAGCUGGGCAAAAUGCUCCGACGCUCGGAGGCCCAGAACAAGACCGAGGCUGCCCUGGCUGAAAUGUUCGCGCUUAGCCACCUAGGCCACAAGGUGAGCAGAAUCAAGGAGUUUUGGUCGCACAGCUGGCAUGGGCGGGUCCCUUCGAAGAUUUUCCUGCUGCUCAUGCUGAAGAAUGGCUGCGCGGCCGUCGCCCUGGGCCUCCUCACCGCCUUUCUUGUGGCCUUCUUGACGUAUGAGGACCUCCUGCCUGGUUGGUACAAGAUGCCCCGGAUCAGUCCACAAGGCGAGAUCAAGAUCAGCCCCUGGUGCCUCCUGAGUGGCUUGGUCGUGUCCUCCCUGACGCUCUUUUUUUGGCGAUCUGGAGACCCGGUGUUCCUGGAUCAGGUGUGCAUUCACCAAGGUGAUGCCGUCCUGAAAGCCCAAGCCCUCACGCAGCUGGGCGCCUUCCUGAAAAACUCCCGGAAGCUCGUGGUAGUGUGGGACCAGACUUACCUCUCCAGGGCAUGGUGCGUAUUCGAGCUCGCGGCCUUUCUCCACAGCCACCGUCAUGACAAGCUGGUGCAGAUCGAGGUCAAGCCCACGGCAUUUGCGUGGGCCGUGUUCGUCAUGGUGCUUGGGGGAGUGCUCCUGCUUGCCAUGGAGAUGUGCCUACCCUCGGGUGAUCUUUUCUUCCUGAUCAGGGUUUUGUACAUGAUUGCAUGGAGCGUGCUAGUGGCUCGUUUGUUCGAGGACUUCUCGCGGAGCGUCUUUGUUGCUGAGGAGCAGUUUCGCACAUUCAGGUGGCAUGGGGUCACUUGCCACUGUUGCUCCGUGAAUCACCUCCUUCCAGAUGGACGGCCCAUUCCAUGCGACCGAGAAAUUCUAGGAACAUGCAUCGUGGAGUGGUUCGGCUCCGUAGAGGCCUUUGAUGAGAGCGUCCGGACUCAAGUGCGUGGCGAGUUUUUGGGUCCGGUCACUCGCGGAUUCCCUUUAGGGUUCCGGUGGCUCAUUGGGGCCAACUCCUAUAUUGCCUGGAGCUUCGCCGACUCCGUCGCGUGCCGGGCUGGCGCAGGCAACCAGGCGAUGGCCAUUUCUUAUCUGAUCACCGCUGUGGCGUGGUGGCUGUGGAUUUCGCCAGCUAGUUACCUCUGCUACGCGAGAGUCGCGCAGUGGAUGGAGAGGAAGCGUUGGGAGAAGGUGAGAUCUCCUACCCUUUGUGCCGUAGUUGUCAUAGGGUACUGUGCCUGUGUGAUGAACGCUGGACUACCACAUCUGUACUUCGCGUCAUGCUACCGUGCCCUCGCCGACCCCGUUCAUGCGGGCUUGGCAUUUGCAGGGACAACCUUAUGCUUGGCAGUGGCGGCGUAUAGCCUUCUAGCCGGGCCACGGACAUGUAGGCGUGCUGCACAGAAGCUUGGGGGACCUGCCUGA